UUUUCUAUCAACGGAUCAGUCGAAUUAUUAAAUAAUGAUGCAAGUUUUUGUGAAUUAUGAAGUUAACAAAUAACAUUCGUAACACGUGUAUUUAAAAAUAGAUCAGAACAGCAUACGUGACGUUGUCGCGCACACACAUUUUAGACGCCGGACCAGAAGAACCCGUAUGUAAACAAGUGUGAAAAUGGCGGCGCCCUUGUUUAGGUUCUGCGGGAAGGCGAGCAGGCAGCUGACACAGCCGUGGGCUUCCUGCCGGCCUUUUGUCCGGCGCUUUUCCGCUCCAGCAGCCGGAUUUCCUCCUUUACAGACGUACACAGAGGAGGAGGCCAUGAUGAAGGAGACGGUGAAAAAGUUUGCUAAUGAACGCAUCGCUCCGUUUGUGUCCAAGAUGGAUGAAGACUCUGCGAUGGAGCCUGAAGUGAUCAGAUCUCUGUUUGAGCAGGGGUUGAUGGGGCUCGAGAUAAGCACAGCCUAUGGUGGUACAGGAUCCUCCUUCUUCUCUUCCAUCCUGGUGAUUGAGGAGCUAGCGAAGGUGGACCCGUCCAUAUCGGUGCUGUGUGACAUCCAGAACACGCUGAUCAACACACUGAUGAUCAAAUUGGGCACCGAGGAGCAGAAAGAAAAAUAUCUUCCUCGCCUCGCCACCGACACGGUCGGGAGUUUCUGUUUAUCUGAGGCCGGCUCGGGGAGCGAUGCUUUCUCUCUGAAGACCAGAGCAGAGAAACGUGGAGAUCAAUUCGUCAUCAACGGAUCAAAGAUGUGGAUCAGCAGUGCAGAGUACGCUGGAGUGUUCCUGGUCAUGGCUAAUGCUGAUCCCUCAGCUGGUUACAGAGGGAUCACCUGCUUCAUUGUGGAUCGCGACACUGAGGGGCUUCACAUCGGCAAGAAGGAGAACAAACUGGGGCUGAGAGCCUCAUCUACCUGUGCACUCACCUUCGAUAACGUCACGGUACCAGAGCAGAACAUCCUGGGUGAAGUGGGACAGGGAUAUAAAUACGCUAUCGGGAUGCUGAACGAAGGCCGGAUCGGCAUCGCAGCACAGAUGCUGGGUUUGGCUCAGGGAUGUUUUGAUCACACCGUUCCAUACACAAAGCAGAGGGUCCAGUUCGGGAAACCCAUCUUUAGUUUCCAGGGGAUGCAGCAUCAGAUUUCUCAUGUUGGCACUCAGCUGGAGGCGGCGAGGCUGCUGACAUACAACGCUGCGAGGCUGAGGGAGGCGGGGCGACCCUUCAUUAAAGAGGCCUGCAUGGCCAAGUACUUCUCCUCAGAGGUUGCCACGUUAACCACGUCUAAGUGCAUCGAGUGGAUGGGAGGCGUCGGAUUCACCAAGGACUAUCCUAUAGAGAAAUACUACAGAGACUGUAAAGUAGGUACCAUCUAUGAGGGAACGACCAACAUUCAGCUGAGCACUAUAGCAAAAUACAUCGGGCAGGAGUAUGAUUACUGAACACACACACGCACACACACACACUCUCACACACACGCACAACCACCGCACAUCAAAAUGCCCAUGAACGAGGUAUCAGUUUCAUCACCCUGGGAUUUAAUCACGUUUCAGUGACGACAAAUAAAACAGAGGAGAAAAAGUUACAGUCAUCGUUUUUGUCCAAUUUGCAGCUUAUUGGAAUUGAACAGAACUUUAACACUAAAUAAAAUAAAGACUGUGUUUGUUUAUGAGUUUUA